AUGCGACAGAGAAUCAGAAACACCAGCACAUGUGCUUGGAAAAUGCCCGAACAACUCCCUCCUCAUAACGCGCCGUCACACCACAAAGUCAAACAUGAACUGAUGAGGCUCCUUAAAGAGAGAGAUUACGCCUGUUUCGAGGAAGUAUAUUGUAUAGAUACGAAUGGAUCCACCCGAUAUGCCGACAUUGUAGACGAGAAAGUCGGCGAUGAUUUUGGAUCCUACCGUGAGUUAAAAGUUCCUCGAGAAUUUCGGGCCGAGAGAGUUCCACGUGAGAGGCCUUUGGUUCGGAGCUCGCGGAACGAUACCAGACCCAACAAGGAGCUUCAUGGAGGGCCUUGGUGUCGACAUAAAGGACGUGGCAAGGCCAACAAUACCCGCGAUAAGGCUACUCCUCUUCCGCGGGACCCUAUUUACCUACCGGCUCCAUGGGACUUCUUUUUAAAUAGGAUCUGA